AAAUAAGUAGAUUAAAAAACAUAAGCAGAUUCAAAAACAAAAAUAGAUGAGAUCAUCUUGUAAGCUUCUCAGCUCUUCGUCUCGACCAUGCACUAUAAAAGCGUCAACGACUAAACAAAGCUGGUUGAUACGCGCAGUCAAGAAAGCUGUUCUAAAACGUUUCUAACAUCAGACGUCAAGAGGGGAGAAUAAAUAUCACCUCGAAUAAAUGAUAUUACAGAACAUUCAAACGCAACAGGGACAAUCGGAUCGUCAAUACUGAGGACCUAUCGCCAGACCCACUGACAUAUACGUCAUGGUCUCGUCGCACAUCUUUAUUGGAGCGUUCUUAUUCACGAUCUCUAUUGUUUUAGGCAUUUCCAAUGCCAAUGGUUCUGCCGACAAUGUAUGUUCAUCCCUCAUGGUUCUCAAGAACGCUGGAACAUUUUCAUCACCUGUAGGGAGUGAUGGACAAUACCUAAGUGGUCUUAAAUGCGCAUGGUCAAUUACAGUACAACCAGAUCACGUUAUCCAACUGACGUUUUCAAAGUUUGACUUGGAACAGUCGUUGAACUGUGAAGAUGGUGACUACAUCAUUGUUUACAACGGCGAGAGUUCGCAAAGUGAUACACUGGCAACAAUCUGUGGGGAGAAUGCAAAACCAAUUUUCUCAACGACUUCCAAAAUGAUUGUGGAGUUUAUCUCAAAUGAUAAGAUUGAGCGCUCUGGGUUUACAGCCAGUUUUAAAACAGUUGAUCAAUCAGCUGCCGCUUGCGCUGGUGGAAGAGGUCCUCUUAAACUGACAGACACUAAAGGUUCAAUCAGAUCACCGGGAUAUGAUGGUAACAACAUAUAUCCCCCUAAUGUCAUGUGCCAAUGGCUCAUCGAGGCAAAUGAAGGAAUGGAGAUUGAACUUACAGCCGAUAGAUUUGCACUUGAAGAAUCCAGAGGUUGUAACCACGACCAUGUUGACAUCUUUGAUGGGUCUGAACCCGUGUUAUCUAAACUACUAGGGAAAUAUUGUGGCAUCCAUGCUCAAAUUGAACUCGACCAUGCACCUACUUCAAACAUGAUGCUUAUCACAUUUAUAUCAAACAAUAAUGUUGGCGGACUUGGAUUUCGUUUUGGAUACAGUAUGUAUCCCACGACUAUGUCAAGGUCGAAACAGAAUGGUGUCAGAGCUUUCUCAAAUCUUCCUGGUUGUGGAGUGCCUGCUAUCAGAGAUGAAGCGAGGAUAGUUGGUGGUGUUGAAGUCACUCCCCAUAGUUGGCCAUGGACUGUCAUGCUAGUAGACUCUAGUGGUAAUGCAUAUUCACAAUUCUGUGCUGGUACCUUAGUGAGGAACAACUGGGUUGUCACUGCAGCUCAUUGUAUUGGAAGUACUUCACCAUAUUCACUAAAGGUUAGGCUUGGUGAACACAGUAAAGGGGCUACUCACGAUGGAGGCUAUGUGGUAGAUGUUGCAGAAAUCAUUAAACAUGAGAAAUAUUUAAGUGCAACUAGUGGAUAUGAUUUAGCAAUGUUGAGGCUUGCAGAACCUCAACAGCUGAAUGAUAAUGUUCAAACUGCUUGUAUUGUACAAGAAGAUAUUCUUGAUGGUCCUGAUUAUAACUGUGUUGCCACUGGAUGGGGUACAUUGUCAUUUCAAGGGAGUUCAUCUGAGGUUCUCAUGAAAGUUGGUUUGCCUAUUCUUCCAAGACAACAAUGCUCUGAGGCAUAUGGGAAUUUCUUCACUGACACCAUGAUAUGUGCUGGUUUUAUGGAAGGUGGAAAAGAUUCAUGUCAGGGUGACUCAGGAGGCCCAUUGGUGUGUCAGUCAUCAUCAUCCCCCUCUGCACCUUGGUAUCUUACUGGUAUAGUCAGCUUUGGCAACGAAUGUGCAAGUCCCGGGUAUCCUGGUGUCUACACACGAAUAGCAAAUAAUGAGAUUCAAAGCUGGAUCAUGGAUAGAUUGACUGAUCAGCCAGCGCCAACAGUUGAUCCAAAUGAUCCAUGCUCAAAUAUUGUUGAAUUUACUGAAUCCACUGGUGUCAUCAAGACAAAUGGUUAUCCCAAUAAUUAUGAUAGUAAUUUAGAAUGUAGGUGGUUGAUAAGAGGCUCAGCAAACCAGAAUGUAAGGCUGGAGUUUACUGCCUUCGACAUAGAAGAUGAUGGUGACUGUGGAUAUGACUCUGUGAGUCUGUUUAGUUCAAAUGCAGCAGAUGAAGCAAACAAACUGGGAAGCCUCUGUGGUAACUCAGUAAAUCCUUCAGUUUAUACAUCUACUGGGAGUAACAUGUUUGUUCUGUUCAAGUCAGAUGAUAGUCUUGUGAAAUCUGGUUUCCGAGCUGAAUAUACUCUUGUUGCAAAUGGACCCUCCCCCACUUCAGACCCAACACAACCACCUUCAACUGGUCAAUGUGGCAGUCCAGCCAUUGCACCCAAUUUACCAAACACAGUCCGUGGCUUUGAAGAUUCUGUCAGUAAGGUGGUUAAUGGAGAGGAUGCUGUACCUCAUAGUUGGCCCUGGCAGGUUAUGCUCACUACAUUGAAUGGAAGACACUUCUGUGGAGGAAGUUUAUUGAAUAAUUACUGGGUCAUCACAGCUGCUCACUGCUCAGUCAAUCAACGAGAAGAUCAGGUGUUUGUUAGAGUAGGAGAACAUAGCAAAGAUGCUUCAGAGCCAAGCCAAAGGAACUAUGCUAUCAACAGAUUUGUCAUACAUCAACAGUACAUCAGCAGAACCCUCAACAAUGAUAUUGCUCUAUGGAGGCUUGAGGAACCUGUACAGAUGUCAGAUGAAGUGAGUUCAGUAUGCUUGCCUGACACAGGGGAUGUCCCACCUGGCACAUUCUGUAUGCUCACUGGAUGGGGAACUAUUAUAGAGGGUGGAGCUACUGCAAGAAUUCUCCAACAGACAGAUCUUCCAAUUGUAAGUACGCAGGAGUGCAAUCAAGCGGACUGGUAUGAUGGAGAUAUUAAGCCUGGAAUGGUUUGUGCUGGCCAUGAGGAAGGAGGAACAGGUUCUUGCCAUGGAGAUAGUGGUGGCCCCUUGGUGUGCAGAUAUCCUGAUUCCAGCUGGGAGCUUUAUGGUAUUGUAAGCUGGGGAGCAGUAUGUGCUGGGGCCAAAACUCCUGGAGUAUUUGUCAGAGUGCCUUACUACAUGGAUUGGAUUAAUCCAAGACUGACAUUACCAGCCCUGCCCCCUCUCCCCGAGGCUUGCAGUAGCCAAGUUAUUGUGUCUACAACAGAAGACCUUGUCUUCCCACGAUACUACGACUCUCCCAAUGAAGAUGACAUGUACAGGAACCAGCUGACUUGUGAAUGGUUAAUACAGGCACCACCUGGAGAGAAUGUUAUAUUUAGCAUCUACAGUCUCUCUGUUGAAUAUCACGAGCAAUGUUAUUUUGACUCCGUAAGUCUUUAUGAUGGUUCAUCAGAGCAAAAUACACAAUUAGGAAAACACUGUGGCACUUCACCUCCACGCACAAAAACGUCGACAGGAAGGAACAUGCUAGUAGUGUUUAAGUCAGAUGGGUCUAUAGGAGGACGAGGCUUCAAAGCAUCAAUAUCUUUUACUGAUGAUACAGGAACAACAACGGCCCCUGUAACAACAACAGCCCCUGUUACAACAACAGCCCCUAUAACAACAACAGCCACUGUAACAGAACCCCCAGUCACCAGUCCAUCCACCACAGAUUCCCCAGUUACUAACCCACCUAGUACAGGUUUCAAAGACUCCUGUUUGCGCAUACACAAUUUGAAGAGAGCCCUUCAUGAGGACACACCUAAUGUGAUAUACUCCGACACACUUGCAGUUUCUGCCCAAACAUGGGCAAAUCACCUAGCUGCUACUGAUAGCUUUGAACACUCAAGUGCUGACAAUUAUGGAGAGAAUUUAUAUCGCUCUUCGAGUACUCAGCCAUUAACUCCUGAUUAUUGUUCAACGGCAACUUCAAUGUGGUAUGAUGAAAUAAACCAGUAUGACUACAAUAACCCAGGAUUUAGUGGAAACACAGGUCAUUUUACACAGGUUGUUUGGGCAAGCACAUUGGAGAUUGGAUGUGGAGAAACCAUAUACACUACACCUGAUGGUAGUUGGAACAGAGUUGUGCUGGUUUGUCAGUACAGUCCACCUGGAAACUAUGGGAACCAAUUCACCAGUAAUGUUAAACCACUUCUUUCAGGUGAUACAGGAACAACAACAGCCCCUGUAACAGAACCCCCAGUCACCAGUCCAUCCACCACAGAUUCUCCAGUUACUAAUCCACCUACUACAGGUUUCAAAGACUCCUGUUUGCGCAUACACAAUUUGAAGAGAGCCCUUCAUGAGGACACACCUAAUGUGAUAUACUCAGACACACUUGCAGUUUCUGCCCAAACAUGGGCAAAUCACCUAGCUGCUACUGAUAGCUUUGAACACUCAAGUGCUGACAAUUAUGGAGAGAAUUUAUAUCGCUCUUCGAGUACUCAGCCAUUAACUCCUGAUUAUUGUUCAACGGCAACUUCAAAAUGGUAUGAUGAAAUAAACCAGUAUGACUACAAUAACCCAGGUUUUAGUGGAAACACAGGUCAUUUUACACAGGUUGUUUGGGCAAGCACUUUGGAGAUUGGAUGUGGAGAAGCCAUAUACACGACACCUGAUGGUAGUUGGAACAGAGUUGUGGUGGUUUGUCAGUACAGUCCACCUGGAAACUAUGGCAACCAAUUCAUCAAUAAUGUUAAACCACUUCUUCCAGUUGAAACAUGUGGAGUUGGCAUUGUGCCCAAUGGCAGAAUAGUUGGAGGAUCUGAUGCAGUGCCGUACAGCUGGCCCUGGAUGGCGAUGCUGACCACUGACUGGGGAUCACAAUUUUGUGGCGGAACUCUCAUUGAUAGGAAUUGGGUGAUAACGGCUGCUCAUUGUACAUCUGGAAUGGACCCCUGGGAUGUGAUUAUAAGACUAGGUGAAUACUCGAAGACAGAUGAUGAACCCCUGACGCAAGUAAUUCCUGUCAUUCAAAUCAUUAAUCACCCUGAGUAUGACCCUGAAACCACAAACAAUGAUAUAUCCUUGCUGAGACUUGGAGAUCCAGCUGAGCUGAAUGGUUAUGUUGAGAAGGCAUGUCUUCCUGCAGCAGAGCCUGAACCAGGACGUGAAUGUGUCGUAACUGGUUGGGGUACCACUGAAGAGGGUGGUGCGUCUAGUGAUACAUUGAAGGAGGUAGAUGUCCCAAUUAUUUCUCGAACUACUUGCAAUGCACAAUAUGGCAGCAUUACAGAUCAGAUGAUAUGUGCAGGGGAACUGCAGGAGGGAGGAAAAGACUCUUGCCAAGGUGAUUCUGGUGGUCCUCUUGUAUGUAAAGAAGAAAGCAAUGCAUGGUCUCUCUAUGGUGUUGUAAGUUGGGGGUCUGGCUGUGCUAGAGUUGGCAAGCCAGGUGUAUAUGCCAAUGUGGCACAAUAUCUCACUUGGAUAGCUGCUUCAAAAGAAACUCCGGCACCAGCUCCUGAACCCAAUCUCCCACCAGAGUGCGAUGGUUCAUCAGCCCAACUCUCUGGAGCAAGUGGCACAUUCACCUCACCCUACUAUGGCCAGUAUGAUUAUCCAAAUGAUGCUACCUGCACAUAUGUAAUAACAUCACCUACUGGAACUGUUGUGCAGCUUGAAUUCAAAGAAUUUGAUGUUGAGCCUUAUCCCGAGUGCAGAGCUGACUACGUGACAGUAAUUGAUGGAACAGCCAGCUCACCGCACAAACUCUGUGGGGCUGGGGAGAUGGGCAUCUUUACAUCUACGUCCAAUACACUUACAGUAAAGUUGGUAGCUGAUAACAGUGUAAGACACCCAGGCUUCACUGCGGUCUACAGAGCAACUGAAAUAGUCCGUACUACAACGCUAUCUCAAUCAUCCACAACCAAAACUCCAGUCAACCCUACCCCCUCUGACUGUGGUGUACCUGCCAUAUCACCAAAUAUACAACCUAGGAUUGUUGGAGGUGACAUCGCUAAGAACCAUUCAUGGCCAUGGCAAGUGAUGCUGACGUCUACAACCAAUCCUAGUAGUCAGUUCUGUGGGGGAACACUAAUAAGCCCAAACUGGGUCCUCACUGCGGCUCAUUGCACUGAUGCAUCCGAGACGUAUGUUGUACUAGGUGCACAUGAUAAACAAGCGUCAAAUACCCAAGAGGAUAAAAGACAAAUAAUCCAAGUUGUUGAAGUGAAAGAUCAUCCCAAUUAUAAUAAUAUUAACUUUGAUAGUGACAUUUCCCUAUUACGCCUAGCAAGACCUGCUACAUUGGGUGAUAAAGUGGGUUUAGUUUGUCUUCCAACAAUUGAGCCUGUUAAUGAUGACUGGACUUACACCACUGGCUGGGGAACUACAUCUUCUGGAGGUCUUGCAAGUCAGUUGUUGCGCCAGGUUAUGGUUAAAAUCAUUGGUCGACCAAUAUGUAGUAACAUGUACUCCACAGAGGAGAUCACUAACAAUAUGAUCUGUGCUGGAUAUGAAGGAGGUGGUAAAGAUUCAUGUCAGGGUGAUUCUGGUGGACCAUUAGUUACACCAAUAGGGGAAUAUGGGCAGUCUGGCUGGAAGAUAUCUGGAGUAACUAGCUGGGGCCUAGGGUGUGCCUCGCCCAAUAGACCUGGUGUCUACACCAACGUUAUCAACUUUGUUGACUGGAUCCAAGGAAUUGUGACAGAUCUUCCUUCUGGUACAACUCCACAACCAACAACGCAACCUAUAACCACUACAGCACAACCCACAACCAGUACAACACAGCCAACAACUGUUUCAACACAAUCCGCAACCAGUACAACACAGCCAACAACUGUUUCAACACAAUCCGCAACCAGUACAACACAGCCAACAACUGUUUCAACACAAUCCGCAACCAGUACAACACAGCCAACAACUGUUUCAACACAAUCCGCAACCAGUACAACACAGCCAACAACCUCUACAACACAAACCGCAACCCCUACAACACAACCAACAUCCACUACAACACAAUCCGCUACACAGCCACCUAAUAGAGAGUGUGGCCAGCCUGCACUGCCACCAAUUGUUACAAAAAUUGUUGGAGGUGUACCUGCCAAACUGCACAGUUGGCCCUGGCAGACCAUGCUUGUCUCAAGUAAUGGGGCUCAUUUCUGUGGAGGGACAUUGAUUGACCCCAACUGGGUACUGACAGCCGCUCAUUGCACGGAUGGGUUGAGUAUCAUGGAUUUCCAUGUUAGACUUGGAGAACACUACAAGAAUAUUACUGAUGGCAAAGAAAGGGAUGUUAAUAUCACACAGAUUAUUCCACAUGAGGAAUAUGGACUGAAUGGUAUUGAUGAUGACAUCUCUCUGUUGAGGCUUGCUGAAACAAUCACAUACACUGAUGAGAUUAGUCCCGCAUGUCUUCCUUCCGAUGAUGCCAGUGCUGGCAAAUACUGUGUAGUAACUGGAUGGGGAUCUGAAGAGUAUGGUGAAGAUGUGAGUACAGUACUCAACCAAGUAGAGGUACCCAUAGUAUCAACUAGCAGCUGCAAUGGGUCACAGUCUUACAAUGGUGGAAUCACAGAGAAUAUGCUUUGUGCAGGGGAGGCCAGUGGUGGCAAGGACUCUUGUCAGGGAGAUUCUGGUGGGCCAUUUGUAUGUCGAAUCGGGAACACUUUGACCUAUGAACUGCAAGGGAUCGUCAGCUGGGGAGAAGGCUGUGCAGUUGCCAAUAAGCCAGGUGUAUAUACAAGACUGACAAAAUAUUUAACUUGGCUUGAAGAGAUGAUGAACAGUGAAGAGCCUCCUCCCCCACCAAGCCUAUCCCAGGCCUGUAUCUCUCAGGAUGAAGUGAUCACUGAUCUAGAAGGCAAUCUCACAUCACCCUAUUACCCUGUAGUCAAUUACCACAACAAUGCAAACUGUGUAUGGACACUGGAAGCUCCACCUGGCCUGUCAGUUUACCUGGUUUUUCCAACUUUGGACAUAGAGACUGGUAGUAACUGUGGGUAUGACAGUGUUACAGUAUAUGAUGGACCACUUGAAAGUACUCUCCUAGGACGACUCUGUGGUAUGGGUUCAUCUCGGCCUUAUAUUUCAACAGGAAGCACAAUCACUGUCCAUUUUAAAUCUGAUAGCAGUGUAACUAGGCCAGGAUUUUUGGGAACAUUUAUGAUGACAGAAAAUACCAUAACCACUGAUGCAGGUAGCACUACCACUACUGUAAGCACUACAACAAAAAAAACUGCUGGGAACUGUGGCGGUAUGCUGACCGCAGAUGAGGGAGAGAUUGAAUCUCCUAAUUGGCCUGGGAAAUACCCAAAUGGGCAAGGUUGCCACUGGGUCAUAGAACUAGAGGAUCCAUCAAUGGUCGUUGAGCUUACAUUUACUGUAUUUGAUCUUGAAUAUGAAGAAAGCUGUUCCUAUGACAAUGUGAAACUCAUUGAUGGUGUUGAUGACACGUCUUUAUCUGAGCCACUGUGCGGAAAGUUGAAUAAUCUGACUCAAGUCACAUAUUAUUCAAAUUCUCACAAGUUGGAGGUCAUCUUUACAAGUGAUUCAAGUGAAAAUGGAAUGGGAUUUUUUGCAAAUUAUCAAUCUGUUCAAGCAUUGACAACAACAACAACAACAACAACAACACCAGCUCCAACCACAACCCCUGUAUUAGAAUGUGGUGACCCCUUAUAUUUGGAUGACACAACUGGUGAUUUCAAUUCUCCCAAUUUCUACAAUGGAGGAUAUGAUAUUAAUGAAUACUGUACAUGGAGGAUAGAGGUUCCAGAAGAAAUGGUUGUUCAGCUAACAUUCAAUGACUUUGAUCUUGAAUUUAUUGAUGGUUGCUUGUAUGACUAUGUUAAACUGACUGAUGAAGCAGGGACAAUUGGUCAGUUCUGUGGCAGCACCAUCCCAGGUCCCAUAACAUCUGAAGGAUCUUGGAUUGAGGUAGAAUUUAAAAGUGAUUUCUCAACCAACGGGGAAGGCUUCCAAGCAUCUUACACUGCAAUAGAAAAACCAAGUGUUCCUCCACCCACCGAACCACCUGUAGACCCUUGUGAGAACACACUUGUGAUAAGGAAUGCUGAUAGUGGAUAUAUUACUUCACCAGGCUAUGAUGAUGGUGAAAAUUACGGCCCAGAUCUAACCUGUAGAUGGCGUAUUAAAGCACCUAGUGAUAUGGUUGUGUCGUUGUAUGUAGAAGAAAUGGAUAUGGAAUGCCACGACACUUGCAGAUAUGACAAACUAUUCAUUUAUGAUUCUAACAAUGGUGCAAAUAAACUUGACAAGAUAUGCUGUGAUGAGUCUGGUGGAGAGUAUACAACCACUCAGAGCAAAAUGUUCAUCAAGUUGAAGACAGAUGGCACUACACAAGCAUCUGGGUUCAAAUUAUACUAUUGGGCACAUUUCCCAGCUGAACGAGCUUUUACAUCUGAUUUCACUGAGGAUGAGUGUGGCAUUGUACAUGUAAAUGAAACACAUUCAAAGACCACCGAAGCUGUGUCAGCUACCCCUCAUAGCUGGCCUUGGAUGGUUAGUUUACGUUUGAAUGGAGAUCACACAUGUGGUGGCUCAUUGAUCUCUGAGAGCUGGGUGCUUACGGCUGCACAUUGUAUGGCUAAUGCCUUGGAUCCCGAAGACUGGAGUGCCUCUUUAGGUGAACACAAACGUUCUGACAACUCUGAUGGUCAAAUAACACGAAACAUUGAAGUGAUUGUUAUACAUCCUGACUAUGAUGGUGAUGUGUCUAAUGAACAUGAUAUUGCCCUGGUCCACCUUGGAAGUAAUAUGAAAUUAGGCCCAUAUAUUGCUCCAAUAUGCCUACCAGAGCAUGGGGAGGAUCUAUAUGCAGCCAUAGAGGAGCAUGGGGACUCUGAGAACGUGCAUGAUUGUACAACUGUAGGCUGGGGAGCACAAGGUUAUAAUGGUGGACUGUCAGAUGUCUUACAGCAGGUGAAGGUGCCCAUUGUGAGCCAAGAUGAAUGUAAUGCGGCUAAUGCCUAUGAGGGUGAGAUCACGAGGAGUAUGGUAUGUGCUGGCUACAUGGAUAGCACAGAAGAAGACACAUGUCAGGGUGACUUUGGUGGUCCUUUGAUGUGCCAUGACUCACCAGAUUCAACUAGCUGGUCCCUAGUGGGAGUAAGUAGCUUUGGAGAGGGAUGUGCUUCCCCUAAUCACCCAGGGGUCUACACCAGGGUGGCAAGUUACAAAUACUGGAUCACUAACACCAUGGAUACUGUUGAUGAUAAACUUAACAAUAAGGAGAGUGAGGAAAGUAAUGGAGCUGAGGAUGACAAUGGAGAAAGAAAUGAAAUAUUAUAAAUUGAACACUAUGACGUAAUGUCAAGGCGUUCCUCUCGACCACAACUGAUUUGUGAAUAUUGAUCAGUGUCAUUUCCAAGUUAAUCAACUAUUAUGUAAUAGUAUGAGAAUGACCUCUAAAAGUGAUCAUGGUUUCAUAAUGUUUGACAUUUAUAUUUUCUGAUAAUCAUGCAUGUUUUAAAAAACCUCCUCCUGAUUGAUUUUUUGAUCAAGCAACUAUUGAUAAACUAUUGAUUUUUGAUAAACCACAUGCCAUUUUUAUGAUGGUGGUUGGUGUUUGGUGGUUGGUGGUUGAUGUCUGUUGGCAUCUGUAACAUACUGUAUAAGUGGUAACUUUGCCAAAUCAUUUAAUUUGCCUAUUGCCUAAUUUUUGCCACGUUCGGAAAAUUAAAUGUUUGAAAUAUUAGCAUCAUAAUGUUAUCCAAUGGGAAGUUUCUUGUCAUUAGGAAAAUAAAAAUUAGGAAAACGAUAAAAUUUGACCAUUCG